UCCCUAUUGUAUAUCCUCUGUCUUUGUUGUGUUGUGAAUGUGUGCGUGCAAUAGAUGGGAGAAAGCUCCAUGCACCGAUCACGACAAAGACAUUGUGCUGUCGCCAUUGUUAUACUGGUGUUGAGCGAUGCCACUUAGAAAAAGCACAGGCGCAGCUGUAAGCCGGGCGUCGUUGUGGUUCUAGUAAGUACUCGUAGCAACCGCCGACCAACCAACCCGAAGUUGUCAGGACAUUGGAUAUUGCCUGGCCACUGCGUGAGUCCGACUGAAAACCAUACAGAGAUUAUUCCGCCGCAUUCUAUUUCUCUUUUCUGCCCUCGGGAGCGGAUCCAAUUAUUUUUUUCCUCGUAUUCUUUUCUGGUCACCGUCAAAUCGCGGGAGUUUGCAGGGUCAAAUUUACUCCCAGACGAUCGACGUAAGCCGUGCGGAUUCGCUUCUCUCCUUUAACUUGCCUCCCCAUCCGUUCCUGGGAUCUGUGCAGAGCGCAGAGCGCACUUCCCACAUGCGGCCCCGGCACCAACCGCCCAGUACGGAACAGCCAUCAUCAUCACCGUCACCUUCACACUACGCCAAUAAGAAACGGCAAGACAACCUUGCGAUGGAAGACCUUCGCCACGCCAAGGAGGCCGUCACGAUAUUCACUCACCACAUAGACCGCCUGCAACCCGAUAGCCACCGACUAUACAAAGGGCUAGAGCAGCAUCUCUCCACAGCACACGCUCGUCGUCACGGGUCCACCGGCUCAGACGUGUCGCGCAAGAUCUUCUCUAAGCGAGGGAAAGGCGUUGGGAAGUCCUGGGUCGAGACGCCGUCUGGUCUCCUGUGGAGUCACAUCAGUCAGACGAUCGAGGAUGUUGCUGCCGACCAACUCGUCGACCCGACGGCGCUCAAGGAGUUUAUUAGCACGCCCGAAAUCCUCGACCUCGGGUCCGACUUUGUGCAUCAUUACAGGCGCCACGUGACCGAAAAGAUGAACUUGGUUGCCGAGGAUCUCUUCUUCGACCUCCAGUCCGUCAAGCAGGGCGAUGCGUCCGCUUCGAGAUGGACUCGCGCCAAAUCGAGCACCAGGGCGGAGUGGGAUCUGGCUAGCCACCUCGCCCGUUUUGUGCUGGGGGCCGACGACUUCCGCAAGAGAGCGGAGCGAGAGGAUUGGAAUGCGUGGGACAGGGGCUUCACCGCGAACGUGUGCUUCUACCUCAGCAUCCUGAGCUGCUUCACAGACAAGGACGCCGAGCGUCGGGCCGCACAGGAAGCGGGAGCACUUCAGCGGAGUUCCCUGAGCAGCAGCAGCAAGCAUUCGCGCCACAGCGGACACAGCGGAGGGGGAUCGACAUAAUUUGAAGAAGGGGGGGAGGGGAGAGAAAAAGGGGGUUGCAAAGGGGUAGAAAGAGGUGUGGCAAAGUGGGCGGGGAAAUACACAAGUUGAUAGAGAACUUCCUAUGGUUUCCCGACAGAGUGAGUAUUCUGGCCCACGGGCCGGCGAAGGCCGGAGAGGGUACGGCCGAUUGGGGAAGAAGCCUCUCGGCGUGACAAUCCGGCCUCGUAUAUGCGUGUUUUCUGGACGGUAGUCCAUGCCCUAGGCACUUAACAUAGCGAUUAAUACCACCAAAGAUUAACAUUGGCUCGAGAAGGAAAUGAUAAAAACAAGUAAAAAUAAGGGAUGCUCCCGGUGGGAGUGUGUUGUGUGUGUGGUGUUGUUGCUCUCUUAUGUAUCCGCGAGACUUAACGAUCUGCAGGGUCGACGGCAAAACCUAUAUGAAUUAGAACCACCCUCUAGUAUUAAGGAUUCCGAGGUAGCUAGGAAGAAGAAGAUUGAAUUAACACUGCUUGGACGGCGGGGCAGGUGUCUACAGGUUGGCGGCACGAAGGAGACGAGGCGAGGGCCCAACAGAAAUAUAACCAGGAAGAGCGAGCGGUAGACUAGAACCAUCUAGGAACCAUUGCAAUAGCACCAUAUAGAUCAAUUGGGCCGCCGAUCGAUAGGAGAUGUUAUUGCUCUGGGCGUCUCUGAUGGUUGUUGCUACAUCAUAUCGUAUUGAACGCUAUCGAGGGAGGGAG